AUGAACAGGCUGUACUCUCCAGAAUACUCGAAUGAGUUGCUUCAAUUUGUUAAAGAUGUCUACACUCAAGAUAUCGCGCAUUACUUCCCCAAGCUGAGACUCGAAAAGUUGAUAGAUCUUUUGGAACAUGCCGAGUACUUGUUCGAGUCUUACCGACAUGCAUUAGCCGCAAACCAGGCUGAAGAUCUGCUGACUGCUUUCGUUGCAGGUUGCUUCUACAUCUACCUCAUUAUACCGCACUCGAUCCAGUUUCAAUCCAGAGAUAAGUCCUACGCUAUCUAUGCAGAUCUGAAGAAAUACUACCAGGAUGAGGCAAAUAUGACCAACGUUCUUCUCAUGGUCACGGAAGUUAUAGAGUCAAUGAGCAAAGACGAGGUUGAAACGGCAAGAAUCAUGCGCAAAAGGGCAUAUUCGGUUCCAUAUGGAAAAUCGCCGGUGACUAUUCAAGCGCUGUCAAAAGCGAAUAGUGCUACCGUAGAACCUGACGCCCCUACUGAGACAGAAUUUGAAAACGGUACUACGAUGUGGACGGCGCCUGAACUAGAGCCUAACGACCAUUUGAAAGUUAGCUUGGGCUCGCAUCAUUCCUCUACAUCUUCGGCAUCAUCAAACGAGCAAUUCCCGAAGAUACAUAAUGAAUCGCAUUCAUUUCCAUUUGAGGAACCCGAGCUUCAUGCUCUCAGCUUGGGGGGGUCUCGGACUCGUCGCAGUUCUGUUCCCGCGAGAGCUAGUCGAAAGCUAGGAACGACCCAAGCCUCCAACAGUAGUGACUUCAAUGACCAAAAAAUAAAUCGUUACGCUACGCAUAGGAAGGACUCGUACCAUUCGGUUCAUAUGUCCAACGAUGAUUAUGACGCUUUCACUUUUAACUUGGCACGGCUACAGAAGCAAUCAGUAGUGACGUGCGACCAACUCAUGCGCAUCUUGUGCUCUCAAGACCGUGACAAUUUAUUGCUAAUCGAUCUAAGGUUUUCCAAGCGCUUUCAAACAAACCAUAUUUUGGCUCCCAACCUUUUGAACGUGGAUCCAACUUUGCUUUGGAAUCAGAAUAAAGGCUCGCCGAUUGAGUCCGACGUGCAACUGGAACGGACACUGGACAACAAAUUACUAAAUGCGAGGUCCCAAUUUGAAUAUAUUGUUUAUUACACCGAUAUGAAGACGUUCAUGAAACUUGAUUUCGACUACCAGUUAGUGUUCUUCCAAUUAAUCUAUACCUCAAACAAGAACUUGAAGUGCACGCCUAAGGUCUUAUUAGGCGGAUACGAGCAGUGGAAGAAAUUCUUGUCAAAGUCUUCCCAGGCGUAUUGCGACAAGGAUGCAUUUCUUUACAGUUCCACUAACAACGGGAGAAACGCGCCAGUCACUUCUCACUCCUUACCUGAGCAUUAUCCUGUUGCGCCACCUAGUAUACCUCCGCCCCCUCCGCCAAUAGCUAAGACUGAAGAAAUGACGAAAACACCAUAUAACCGUGCACCCUUUCCUACUCCGCUUGUUCAAGCGCAGAGAGCGGACCACUUUCCAGCAUCAUCUCAAAACCAUACACGAGAUAAAAAUGAGAUUCAAAAGCAUUCAGUCCCAGCUCUAUCGGGCAAUGGAAACUAUUCCAAACACACUGCCAUUCCCACGAUUGAGCAAAGCCCUAACGAAUACGUGGCGCUUUCUAUCACAGGUCUCAGGAACAUAGGAUGUACAUGCUAUGUCAAUAGUAUGUUACAAUGUCUUUUCGCAACCAAAGCUUUUAGAGAUCUUUUUUUGUCAACAAAGUAUGAGCAUUACUUCUCCAGGAAAUACACAAAUCCAAACCAAUUGUCAAAGUACUUUAAUGUGCUCUUCAAAAAGAUGUAUAUGAAUGGGGGGUGCUCUGUUGUACCCACGGGGUUUUUGAAAGCUUGUAACGCCCUUCGUCCGGAUUUUAGGAUUCCUCACGACCAGCAAGAUACGCAAGAAUUCCUGCUAUUUCUUUUGAGCCAGUUGCACGAUGAACUUUCUGAAUCAAAUCGCGUUGCUAACGAUUAUCCAGGAUUGUUGCUCCAUGAUGACAAAAAACUGGAUGUUGACCAGAAAGAAUAUGACACCUGGUUCGAAAAACACAUUUCCGAGAAUGGUAUUUCGCCAAUUGAUAACAUUUUUCAAGGGCAGAUGGAGAACGGUUUAUUUUGCCAGCGCUGUGGACACUCUUCGUUCAAUUAUUCUGUAUUUUAUGUUCUUUCACUGGCGAUACCAAGCUCCACCUCAACUUUUAGCCAAAGGAAAAAGGUAAGGCUCGAAGAUUGUAUCAAUCUUUUCACAAGCGAUGAACAGCUAACCAACGAAAAUGCUUGGGACUGCCCAAAGUGUGGUACAAGUGCUUCGGGGACAGGGCCUGAAGAAGAGAAGAAAAAGAAGAGGUUUUUGUUGAAUCCUGACACUCGCGCCAGUGGAAAUCGGAGCAGGUUUUUCAAGUUGCGGUCAAAGUCAAGAAGUCGAUCAGUUUCCCCCUUUCGUAAGCAGAGCUCUCAGCAACAGAAUCUUGAGAAGUUGAAAUCCAAAAAGCUUACGACUAUCAAGACUCUGAACUUCAUCUCUCUGCCCACGGUUCUCACAAUUCAUCUCUCGAGGUUCUUUUACGAUCUCACAAAGAAGAACAACAAAGUGAUCACGUACCCUCUUAUCUUGAGCAUUGUUUUAAAAAACGAACAAAUUAUGAAGUAUCGCCUUUAUGCAAUUGCUAACCAUUUUGGUAAUCUCAUCAGUGGACACUAUACCUCGCUAGUGAACAAAGAUUUGGAUCACGACCUUAAUAAGGGGAAGCAAAAAUGGUAUUACUUCGACGACGAGACUGUAAAGAAGGACAUCAAUCACGGAGACAUUGAUGCAGGCAUCACCAGCAUCUCCAGUAGUGACGUUUACGUCCUGUUUUAUGAAAAAAUUGACGAGUCGCAAUAA